GUGCUGUGGCGGAGUUCUGGGGCAGUGCGCUGGAAGCUCUAUUUCCGCCCCUGCAGAAUCUUCUGCCUGUCCUGAGUCCCGUGGAGGCCGCCACCGCCUACAGAGCUUUGAGGCAGCUUCCACCAUAUCUGGUCACACCCAGGCCCGACAGCCCCGGCUGGCAGGUGCUGGAGCAGCUGGCUCUGCGCUGCUUGGCUCUCGCAACUGUGGAGGCAUUCGACUUCGAACUCCUGACCUCGCUGGUCUACUCACAGCUCUGCUUGUACCCGGAGCUGUGGGCGGAUGAGGGUGGCGAUGGGACCUCUCUUACAAAUCCGGCCUGGACGACCUUCCUUCAAAGCUGGGAAGCCACCUCUAUGGCAUGGAAGGCGACGGAGCGCCCUACACAGCUUCAGCCGGAGACAGCGAAGCAGUCGGCAGCUUUACAGCUUCUUUGGGGCUCUGAAAGUCCUGGCGCUGCAAGACAGGUGGAGAACCGAAAUCGCCCGGUGGCUUUGGAGCUCCAGGAGCACAUUCGGGCUUCCCUUCCUAAGGCGGUGGUGGAGGGCCCUCACUGGGAAGGGCCUUUUGAAAUCCACGCGGCUGUUGGGGGAACAGCCUUCUGCCUCAUGCCGGAAGAUGCCUACUUCAAGAUCUCCACGCGCGCCCCAUUUUCAGAGGAGGACCCAGAUGGGGAUCAGGAUGCUUUGGAGCUUUGCCACGAGAGAAGGGCGCAGGUGCACCUGCUGAGGGCACGGGGCUGGCGCGUUUGCACCCUGGCCUUCCACUCCUGGCGACGACUGGGGCAUGCUCAGAGGCAG